AUGAACGGGACAGAAGGUGUCAAUUUUUACGUGCCUAUGUCCAAUAAGACAGGGGUGGUGCGAAGCCCCUUCGAACACCCCCAGUAUUACCUAGCCGAGCCCUGGAAAUACCGAAUCGUGUGUUGCUACAUCUUCUUCCUCAUCUCCACCGGGCUGCCCAUCAACCUCCUCACCUUGCUGGUCACCUUCAAGCACAAGAAGCUGCGGCAGCCGCUCAACUACAUCCUCGUCAACCUGGCGGUGGCCGACCUCUUCAUGGCCUGCUUCGGCUUCACCGUCACCUUCUACACGGCCUGGAACGGCUACUUCGUCUUCGGCCCCGUCGGCUGCGCCGUGGAGGGCUUCUUCGCCACGCUGGGAGGCCAAGUUGCCCUGUGGUCCCUGGUCGUCCUGGCCAUCGAGCGCUACAUCGUUGUCUGCAAACCCAUGGGGAACUUCCGCUUCUCCUCCACCCACGCCAUGAUGGGCAUCGCGUUUACCUGGAUAAUGGCCUUUUCCUGUGCGGCUCCACCCCUCUUCGGCUGGUCCAGAUACAUGCCGGAGGGGAUGCAGUGCUCCUGCGGCCCCGACUACUACACCCACAACCCUGACUUCCACAACGAGUCCUACGUCCUCUACAUGUUCAUCAUCCACUUCAUCGUCCCCGUCGUGGUCAUCUUCUUUUCCUACGGGCGCCUCAUUUGCAAAGUCCGAGAGGCAGCCGCCCAGCAGCAGGAGUCGGCCACGACCCAGAAGGCGGAGAAGGAGGUGACGCGGAUGGUGAUCCUCAUGGUGCUGGGCUUCAUGCUGGCCUGGACACCCUACGCCGUGGUGGCAUUCUGGAUCUUCACCAACAAGGGAGCCGACUUCACUGCCACGCUCAUGUCAGUGCCUGCCUUCUUCUCCAAGAGCUCCUCCCUCUACAACCCCAUCAUCUACGUCCUCAUGAACAAGCAGUUCCGUAACUGCAUGAUCACCACGAUCUGCUGUGGCAAGAACCCCUUUGGGGAUGAAGAAGUCUCCUCUACCGUAUCCCAGAGCAAGACUGAAGUCUCCUCCGUCUCCUCCAGCCAAGUAUCACCCGCAUAG